CCUUACCUUCUUUGCUCUCUCCCUCUGUUCUCACUUUUCGGAGGCAACAAAAAAGGAACAACAAAAAAUAAAAAAAUAAAAACACAAAAAUAUUAUUAAUCUUAAAUGUUAGUCUAGGGUUCCCUUAUUUGUUUGUCUCCCAAAUUUUCCAUUUUCAUCACAGCUGCGUGGCUGUUACUGUUCUCUCUGACUCUCUGAUCACACUUUUCUCAGUCCAAAAAGAGAAUGGCAGCUGUGAUUUCUUCACCUAUGGCUCAGUCUCCGACUAUUGUGGCUCCGGCUACGGCAGCAUUGACCACUGGAGGUCCAUUUGCGAAUGCAUCGCUUUAUGUGGGUGAUCUGGAAGGGAGUGUGAAUGAGGGACAACUUUUUGAUCUGUUUAGCCAAGUUGCUCAGGUUGUCUCAAUUAGGGUUUGUAGGGAUCAGACUAGACGAUCCUCUCUCGGUUACGCAUAUGUUAACUUCACCAAUGCUCAAGAUGCGGCCAAUGCGAAGGAACUUCUGAACUUCACUCCUCUGAAUGGGAAACCCAUUCGUAUUAUGUUUUCUCAACGAGAUCCAAGUGUUCGCAAGAGUGGAUCUGGCAAUGUGUUCAUCAAGAACUUGGACACAUCAAUUGAUCACAAGGCAUUGCAUGACACUUUUGCCGUCUUUGGCACUGUGCUGUCUUGUAAGGUGGCUCUUGACAGUAGUGGUCAGUCAAAAGGGUAUGGUUUUGUACAGUAUGAACAUGAAGAAGCUGCAAAGAGUGCUAUCAAACAGUUGAAUGGCAUGUUGAUCAAUGAUAAACAAGUCUACGUUGGAUUUUUUGUUCGCCACCAGGAAAGGGUUAGAACAAAUGGAUCACCCAAGUUCACUAAUGUGUUUGUGAAAAAUCUCUCUGAAACACUAAAUGAUGAAGAGUUGAAGCAGUUAUUUGGCCCCUUUGGUGCGAUAACUAGUGCAACAAUCAUGAAAGACGCGAAUGGUAAAUCUAGAUGCUUUGGUUUUGUCAAUUUCCAGAGUUCAGAUUCAGCAGCUGCUGCAGUUGAGAAGUUAAAUGGGACCAUCAAUGAUGCCAAGGUUUUAUUUGUGGGGAGAGCUCAGAGGAAAGCAGAAAGGGAGCAUGAGUUGAAAACUAAAUUUGAGCAGGAAAAAAUUAGUAGAUAUGAGAAACUUCAAGGGGCUAAUUUGUAUUUGAAAAAUCUUGAUGAUGAUUUCACUGAUGAAAAGUUAAAGGAUUUGUUUUCUGAGUUUGGAACCAUAACAUCUUGCAGGGUGAUGUUGGAUUCCCAUGGUCAUAGUAAGGGUUCUGGUUUCGUGGCAUUUUCUACUCCUGAGGAAGCAAAUAAAGCUUUGAAUGAAAUGAACGGGAAGUUGGUUGGACGAAAGCCUCUGUUUGUUGCUGUGGCUCAGCGCAAGGAAGAGAGGAAGGCCCAAUUGCAGGCUCAUUUUGCUCAAAUCCGUGCCCCUGGUGGAUUGGCACCGUUGGCUGGAGCAAUUCCUGGAUACCAUCCAGGGGCACCGAGACUUGCCCCUCAGCAACUGUAUUUUGGUCAAGGCACUCCUGGUUUCAUACCACCUCAGCCUGCUGGAUUUGGUUUCCAGCAACAAAUUUUGCCUGGAAUGCGGCCCGGUGUUGCUCCAAAUUUUGUCAUGCCAUAUCAACUCCAAAGACAGGGCCAAAAUGGGCAAAGGAUAGGUGCUCGUCGAAAUGGAAAUCUCCAACACGUGCACCAGAACCAAAUGAUGCAUCGUAACUCCAAUCAAGGUUUUAGAUACAUGGCUAACAAUCGAAAUGGCAUGGAUCCAUCUGGAGUUCCUCAAGGUCUAGCUGGUCCAAUGUUGCCUAUGACAUUUGAUGGUUCUGGAGUUACUACACCUAUUGAUAAUCAGCGUCCAGGGUCUACAUCACUUGCCUCAGCUUUAGCUUCUGCAACUCCAGAAAACCAGCGCAUGAUGUUGGGUGAACAUCUAUAUCCUCUUGUGGACCGGCUUACACCAAAUCAACAUACUGCAAAGGUGACAGGGAUGCUGCUUGAAAUGGAUCAAUCAGAAGUGAUUCAUCUUAUUGAAUCUCCUGAUGACCUUAAAACAAAAGUCUCUGAGGCUUUGCAGGUCCUUCACAAUGCUGCAUCGGGAUCAGAAGUUGGUGAUCAGCUUGGUUCGUUGUCAUUGAAUGAAUGAAGUAAUUUCAGCUGCAGAGGUAGCUAAUAUUAUUUUGGGGUCGUAUACAAUUUUGAUUUUAUCAAAAUUAGAUUUUCUUUUUACUCGAUCAGUUAUUGGUUGAUUGAUAUGCAGACAUUUGAGACAUGUUUUCGUAGGCAUUUUCAUUUUUAGCUUUUCUAGACAAUUUUAUGAUUUUAUUUCAUUUGAGAUUGGUAGCAUUAAACCUUCGGCAAUAAAUUAUAUUUUUAGACCUGAAUUUUUUAUUUUUUUUAUUGUAAUGAUUUUUAUUUGUGUAUGAAUCUGUUUUUGGUUGAGGAAAUCGAACAUGAUCGAUUAGAGGUAUCGGCAUAGUAAUGGUUGUCUUCAUUUGAUUGAAUAAUUUGUUAUGAAUGUUUUUUGUGCCAUAAGGAGAGGUUUUGACGUGGC